GGAAAUCAACUAAUCAGAAAGGAGCGGAAAAGAAAAAUAAAGAAACAGAAAAUUGCCGAAGAACAAAAUCUCUCUCUAAUAGUUAGGGCAAAAUCCGUUGUUCUAAAUCUGAUCCCCAAAGUGAAUUGGUUCAAUUCCUGGCUUUACUGAUGAAUUAGGGUUAUGGGUUUUGUUCACCCUCUGAUGGAGACGGACUACGUCGCUGAGUUCCCUCAUAAUCACAUGGAUCGUCGUCCCAGAAAGAGACCUAGAUUCGCUUGGGAUUUCCCUCAAGCUCACCCCAAGGCGCAGUCAGGAUUGUAUUUUGGACAAGAUGUUGGAAAUGGGACGAGCAUGGGACCUUCAAGAGUACUACUCACAGACCAUUCCGGUUUAUAUUUAAAAGGAUUGGCUCAAAAAGGCUCUCCCCCAUGGCGAGAUGAUGACAAAGAUGGACAUUACAUGUUUGCUCUUGGAGAGAAUUUAACACCUCGCUGUAAUUUCACUAAAUCACCACUUAGCAGAACCUUUGGUCAGGUUUUGGAAUGCUGGGAUAGGGAAACAAGAGAGAUGGUCGCUGUAAAAGUUGUGAGAAGUAUAAAAAAAUACCGGGAGGCAGCAAUGUCCGAAAUUGAUGCGCUCCAGUUGCUUGGAAAGUAUGAUAGAAAUGGAAGCCGUUGUGUACAAAUAAGAAACUGGUUUGACUACCGGAACCAUAUCUGCAUUGUCUUUGAGAUGCUUGGACCAAGCAUAUACGAUUUUCUUCGUAAAAAUAGUUAUCGACCAUUUCCAGUUGACCUUGUCCGUGAGCUUGGCAGACAACUCUUGGAAUGUGUAGCAUUUAUGCAUGACUUGCGGCUUGUCCAUACCGAUCUGAAGCCAGAGAAUAUACUCUUUGUUUCUCCAGAUUAUGUGAAAAUUCCUGACUACAAGGUUCCAGUACAUUCAUUUAGUGAGGCAGCCUGUUACAAGAGGUUGCCGAAGUCUAGUGCCAUUAAGGUCAUUGAUUUUGGCAGCACGGCUGAUGGCCAUAAGCAUCACAACUAUAUUGUUUCCACCAGACAUUACCGUGCGCCCGAGGUUAUCCUCGGCCUUGGUUGGAGUUACUCUUGUGACAUAUGGAGUGUCGGAUGUAUAUUGGUAGAACUAUGCACAGGGGAAGCAUUGUUCCAGACCCACGAUAACUUGGAGCAUUUAGCCAUGAUGGAAAGAGUGUUAGGUCCAUUGCCUCAGCAGAUGUUGAAACGAGUGGAUCGACACGCUGAGAAGUACGUGAGAAGAGGUAGAUUGGAUUGGCCUGACAAUGCAACCUCUCGUGACAGCAUUAAAGCGGUCAUGAAGCUGCCUCGUCUUCAGAAUCUAGUAAUGCAACACGUGGAUCACUCGGCGGGCGACAUCAUCGAUCUCUUGCAAGGUCUCCUUCGGUACGACCCUUCAACCAGGCUUACGGCUCACAGCGCCCUCGGGCAUCCUUUCUUCUCGAGGGACCUUUACAGGAGACUUUGAAUCAGAACAAGAAGAUGGAUGGAUGGUAAUAAUCUUUGAUGUGUGGCCUCCCAUAAUCAAGAGCUUUUUAUGUCAUCUUGUGGUUAAAGAGUGUACCAUAUGGGGGAUUGCUUUCCUAUGUAUUCUUUAUAACGAGGAGAAUCAAGAGGUCCAAUCACUGACGAAUACAAAGUGUUUUGAAACCUGCAACUGUAAGUGUAAUGUUACCAAAGUCCAAAGGCAUCUAUCUGUAUACUAUUGUGUAUUUUAGGGGAAAGAUAAAAACCAAAGGGGUUUCUCGACAGCCCUCCCCAAUUGUGGUAGAUUGCAAUGUAGUCUGGAAUUUCAGUUUCUUCCAUACUGGUUUAUUGUUUGACACUAAGUUAUUCGUAGUAACGAAUGCGAGCAAUAACGCAUAGUAUUUCGUACUACACAGACGACGAGCAUCACCACUGGAUAAAGUUAACAGAAAAAUAGUUAACCGAAACGAUAUGUCAAUUACAUUUUACUGUCGUCAAUGAAUCAAUCAGACAUGAAACUACCCCAAAAUUGGUUGUAUUAAACUUGUAAUAAUUUCAUCGCUUCGUAAUGCAUCGUCUUCCACGUAAGAUCCCACUCGGAGGCCCAGUCGUGACGAUCGUACAAUGACCGUAGAGCUUAUACGAAUACCCAAGGAACGUGCCGAGCUUGGAUCGAACCCGAAACACACCCUUCACAUUAAACGUCACCGUAUUCUUCUCGAUCUCUUCCUCCAGCUUCUUGCUGUCCUCCAGCGGGAUCCGGACCUGGCUCGUCACCAGCUCCAGGUUCACGAACCGCGACCCGGCCCGGCUCGCGGAGAACGGCUGGAUGAACUGCGUCGCGAUCAGCGUGCUCCCGUAGUAGAGAUCCACGAUCAGGCUCCCGAAAUCGACUCCGACCUUCCGGUUAGGGUUCGUGAAAUUCGCCAGCACCGAGACGUCGGCGUUGAGCAGGGACCCGGCGUCGAGGUACGCCGCGUUCAGCGUCGCGUCGGAGACCUCGAACCGCGGGUUGUGCGGCCGGUAGACGAGGUAGACCACGAGGACGAUCAGUCCGCCGAGGAAGAUCGCGAUCCAGAAGAUCGCGCAGCACACGGCGGCGCACCACGUCGUGAUUUUGGUCCUCCGCGGCGACGGCACCACGGGGCCCCGCCGUUCCCGCCGGUGGCCGACGCCGUCGUGCGGAGGCGGAUGCUUGCGGUGGUGACGUGGAUGUUUCGGCGGCGGUUGUGGUUGUGGUUGUGGAUGCUGCGGCGGUUGCUCUUGGGAGUCGUGGCGGUGGGGAUCGGUGACGAGCGGGCCGUGGUCGUGGGUCGGGUGGGAUGAGGGCGGGGGUACCCAUGGGCUUUGGUAGUGGCCGUCGUGGGCUGGGCCGUGGGCCGGCUGGGAAGGAAGAUGCUGCGGGUGAUGUGGUGGUAUGGCCCAUGGGCUGCGAAACUGUCUGCGUUCCUGGUGGCGGAUUGGGCCCGAGGGCCUGUUGUGGGUUGGGAGUAACUCGUCGUCGACGUGGAGAGGGAAGUGCUGGUUGCCUGGGUCGGGGGCUUCCUGCUGGCGGUGGUGGUGCGGCGGGGGAGGAGGAGUGGCUGGGCCGCUGACCGGAGGAGUUAUCAGUACCGGUGGUGGGGUGGAACGGCGGUGGCCGUCGCGGCGUGGCGGUUGGAGUGGCCGGACGAAAUGAGGGUUGGUUUCGGGGUGGCGGGACAUUUCUGUGUGUUUCUCUGGAGAGAGAGAGAGAGAGAGAGAGAGAGAGAGAUACACGUAGUUGGGAGAUUUGGGAAGUGAGUAGAACUAGUAGAUAGUCGUGUUUGGUUUUUGGAGAGGGGAAAAGGUUGAGGGAGUUUGGAUGACCUGAUGAGGAAUUCAAGAAGGAUUCAAUUGCAGGGAAAGAAUCAAAAGUUGUCUAAUUGUGGGAGGCAACGUAUCAUUCUCUUUUUCUUGUUCACAUCUUGAAGUUGGGUUUAAGUUCAUGAUUACUACUAGUCUUGUGAGUUGUGAAAUUGGGGAUGGAUGAAGAUCUAGUGGUUGCAGAU